AUGGGAUACUACCACUACGAUGAAGUCUUCCCCCAGCUCGCGACGUUGCUCGUGGUCGCUGCGCAGUCGUGGCGCGUGUCGGCCGCCGUAGAGCUCCAGCUGAACGUGUCCGCCCUCACCACCACUGUCGAGUCUGACUGGACGGGCGUCUACUACUCUGACGCGGCCCCUCUCCUGCUUGGCAACGACGGCGGAACCUCGACCGGGGGCUUUCAUGCCUGGAACCUGGACGACGAAACCCCCUCUCCGUGGCUGAUUCCGUUGUCGCCGGCAGGACUAAGCUGCUCGCCACCGCACUCUAUCCUUCGGGCUUUCAGCCUACCUGAGUUGACGGAAGCGGAGUCGGCGCAGAUCAAAGUCUUGGACGACGACAAGGGCGUAUAUUUCUUCGACCUCGCCGAGUCUGUCGAUUCCCCUCAAAUUUCCAAGCUUGGCGAGGCCGAAGACGAUGUCACCGGCCUGGCCGUCUACGCUUCCUCGCGGGGCAGCGCCGACUACCUCUUCGUGGCGCAGGAGAGCGUCAUCGGAGUGUACGACCAGUCCUUUGAGUUGGUUGGCACUCUUGCCCUAGUCGGGCUAGAGGAUAUCGAAAUCCAGGGUCUAAGCAUUUACCAAGCCCCCACGGAAAAGUACGCCGAGGGCGCCGUGGUGUACGCCAUCGAAGCGGACGGCGAUGUUGCAGGCUUCGGCGUCAGCUCCCUGGAAAACGUCUUUGAGCAGCUUGGAAUCGCCAGCAACACCGCUCACGACCCCCGUGGCCAGGACCACUGUGCGAGCCUCUCUCCCAUCUGCAAACAGUGCUCCGGCAACGGAUUCUGCAGCAAGGGCUCCGAUGUCUGCGCCUGCUUCGCAGGAUUCGCUGGAAGCACCUGCGACCAGUUCCAGUGCACCGACAACUGCUCCGGCCACGGCGAGUGCGUGGGCGCCAACGAGUGCGCGUGCGAUGCCGGCUGGGGCGGCCUCCACUGCUCCUUUAUCGUGGUUGAGGCAACGUACGAGACCGAGGCCAAUGGUGGUGAUGGAGAUGAUCCGGCCAUUUGGAUUUCACCCGAGGCGCCGGAAAAGUCCCGCAUCAUUACUACCACCAAGUCAACCGCCGGUGCCGGGCUGGGUGUCUUCGACUUGACCGGGAAGCUACUGCAGACUAUUUACGCGGGCGAGCCUAACAACGUGGACGUUAUCUACAACUUCCAGGCCGGCGAGCGCACCAUUGAUCUUGCUUUUGCUGCCUGUAGGGCCGAUGAUACUCUGUGUUUGUUUGAAAUAAUUUCCAAUGGGACUCUAACUGAAAUCCCCGGCGGCAUCCAGCCCACCGUAGACGACUACUCCGUGUACGGCUCCUGCGUCUACCGAUCCCGCACAACGGGCAAGCAGUACCUCUUCGUCAACGAAAAGUCGGCCCGCUACUUCCAGUAUGAGCUGUCUUCCACCGCCAACGGCACCUUGGAGACGACCCUGGUCCGCGACUUCGUCGGCGGCUCGGGCGGGCAAGUAGAGGGUUGCGUCACCGACGAGGACAACGGAUGGAUUUUCCUCGGCGAGGAGCCCUCGGCCCUCUGGCGGUACGACGCCGAGCCCGAUUCUGAAGAGCCUGGUGUGCGCGUCGCGUACGUGGGCGACGGUCUCCUCAACGCGGAUGUGGAGGGCGUCACUCUCGUGCCGGGAAAGACGGCCGACGAGGGCUUCGUGCUCGUGUCCACCCAGGGUGUGAGCGCCUACAACAUCUACCGCCGUGCUGCGCCCCACGCGUAUGUCGGUACCUUCACUAUUGCGCGCUCCGCCGACGGGCAGAUUGAUGCCGUUUCUAAUACGGACGGCAUCGCGGCCGUGGGCAAUGCCCUUGGGCCCGACUUCCCCCACGGCCUCGUGGUUGUACACGACGACUCCAACGAGUUGCCCGGCGGCGGCACGAGCGACGAGUCGAGCUUCAAGCUGGUGAGUCUGGAGAGUAUUCUGGGCGCGGAGCCUCUCGCGAGCCUGGGUCUUUUGGACGAGGUGGAUGCGGAGUGGGACCCGAGGGCGGAGAGGGUUUGA